CAGCUUAUUUCCCUGUGUGUUUCUAAGGGGGGGGGGUGUCGUCUCUUAUCAUGGCGGAUCGGACAGCUCCUAGAUGCCAGCUGCGUCUGGAGUGGGUAUAUGGGUAUAGGGGUCACCAGUGCCGCAACAACCUGUACUACACGGCGGGCAAGGAAGUGGUUUACUUCGUGGCUGGAGUCGGGGUGGUUUAUAACACCAGAGAGCAUAGCCAGAAAUUUUUCCUGGGGCACAACGAUGACAUUAUCAGUCUAGCUCUGCACCCGGAAAAAACCCUGGUUGCUACAGGGCAAGUUGGGAAGGACCCUUACAUUUGCAUCUGGGACUCCUACAACAUACAGACCAUUUCCAUCCUGAAAGAUGCUCAUACCCAUGGAGUUGCCUGCUUGGCUUUUGAUUCGGACGGCCAGCGCCUAGCUUCAGUGGGACUAGAUGCCAAAAACACAGUCUGCAUUUGGGAAUGGAGGAAAGGAAAACUUCUUGCAUCAGCUACUGGCCACUCAGACAGGAUCUUUGAUAUUUCCUGGGACCCAUAUCAACCCAACAGAGUGGCUAGCUGUGGAGUGAAACAUAUCAAGUUUUGGACGCUGUGCGGAAAUGCCUUGACAGCCAAAAGAGGAAUAUUUGGUAAAACAGGAGACUUGCAAACUAUCCUCUGUUUGUCCUGCGCAAAAGAUGACAUCACAUACUCUGGUGCUUUAAAUGGAGACAUCUACGUCUGGAAAGGGCUCACCUUAGCUCGCACGAUUCAAGGAGCCCAUGGUGCUGGCAUUUUUAGCAUGUAUGCAUGCGAAGAAGGUUUUGCCACCGGUGGGAGAGAUGGCUGCAUCCGACUAUGGGACACUGUUUUUAAGCCAAUAACUAAAAUUGAUCUCAGGGAAAAUGAACAAGGCUAUAAAGGUUUGUCCAUCCGAAGCGUGUGCUGGAAAGCAGACCGGCUUUUAGCAGGGACUCAGGACAGCGAAAUAUUUGAGGUCAUCGUGAGAGAAAGAGACAAGCCGAUGCUCAUAAUGCAAGGUCACUGCGAAGGAGAGCUCUGGGCCCUGGCAGUGCACCCCAAGAAACCGUUAGUUGUUACCGGCAGCGAUGAUCGAUCUGUGCGGUUAUGGAGCCUUGCUGACCAUGCCUUGAUUGCUCGUUGCAAUAUGGAAGAAGCUGUGCGAAGUGUAUCUUUCAGCCCUGACGGAUCUCAGCUGGCACUGGGAAUGAAGGAUGGUUCCUUCAUUGUUCUGAGAGUGAGAGAUAUGACAGAGGUUGUUCAUAUUAAAGACCGGAAAGAAGUAAUUCAUGAAAUGAAGUUUUCGCCAGAUGGCUGCUAUCUUGCAGUGGGUUCCAACGAUGGCCCUGUGGAUAUCUAUGCAGUUGCUCAACGGUACAAAAAAACUGGAGAAUGCAACAAGUCUUCUAGCUUUAUUACUCAUAUCGACUGGUCUCUGGACAGCAAAUUCUUGCAAACGAAUGAUGGUGCGGGAGAACGCUUCUUCUACAGGAUGCCAUCUGGAAAGCAUUUAACGAGCAAGGAUGAAAUCAAAGGGAUUCAUUGGGCUUCCUGGACGUGUGUGAUGGGAUCAGAAGUGAACGGGAUCUGGCCAAAGUAUAGCAACGUUACAGACAUCAACUCUGUGGAUGGAAAUUACAAUAAUGCAGUUCUGGUGACUGGAGACGAUUUCGGAUUAGUUAAAUUGUUCAGAUUUCCUUGUCUAAAGAAAGGAGCUAAAUUUAGAAAAUACGUUGGCCAUUCUGCACAUGUUACUAAUGUCCAUUGGUCGCAUGACUUUCAGUGGGUAAUAAGUACUGGAGGUGCAGAUCACUCUGUUUUUCAGUGGCGGUUUAUUCCAGAAGGUUUAACAAAUGGAAUCCAUGAAACAGCACCCCAGGAAAGUGGCAUAGAUUCACACAGCGAAGAAUCUGACUCCGAUUUAUCUGAUGUGCCAGAGUUAGACUCAGAUAUAGAGCAAGAAGCUCAGAUCAACUACACCCGACAGGUUUACAAAGAAGAUCUACCUCAACUGAAACAGCAAAGUAAAGAGAAAAACCACUCAGUGCCCUUCCUUAAAAGAGAGCGAGCCCCCGAGGACAGCUUAAAGCUGCAAUUUAUACAUGGUUACAGAGGCUAUGACUGCCGAAACAAUUUGUUCUACACACAGACUGGGGAGGUGGUAUACCACAUUGCUGCUGUUGCUGUUGUUUACAAUAGACAGCAACACACCCAAAGACUGUAUCUCGGUCACGAUGAUGAUAUCCUCAGCCUAGCCAUCCAUCCUCUGAAAGACUAUGUUGCUACUGGACAGGUUGGGAGAGAUGCUGCCAUUCACGUGUGGGACACUCAGGCACUCAAAUGUUUGUCGCUGCUAAGAGGCCAACACCAAAGAGGCGUCUGUGCCCUUGAUUUUUCAGCUGACGGAAAAUGUCUGGCGUCUAUUGGGUUAGAUGACAAUCAUACCAUUGUACUCUGGGACUGGAAAAAAGGAGAAAAGAUGGCAGCAACCAGAGGCCAUAAAGACAAGAUAUUUGUAGUGAAAUGCAACCCCCACCAUGCUGAUAAACUGGUAACCGUUGGAAUGAAACACAUCAAAUUCUGGCAACAAGCAGGUGGUGGUUUCACCUCCAAGCGUGGCAUCUUUGGAAAUAUCGGGAAGCAGGAAACCAUGAUGAGUGUUUCGUACGGACGAAUAGAGGACCUUGUUUUCUCUGGAUCUGCCACAGGAGACAUUUACAUCUGGAAGGAUAUUUUGCUGCUUAAGACGGUGAAAGCCCAUGAUGGGCCCGUAUUUGCCAUGCAUGCCUUAGAUAAGGGCUUUGUGACAGGUGGGAAGGAUGGCGUGGUGGCACUUUGGGAUGACACGUUUGAGAGGUGCUUGAAGACAUACGCCAUUAAAAGAGCAGCGUUGUCGCCUGGCUCCAAAGGGUUGCUGCUGGAAGAUAACCCGUCCAUUCGUGCCAUCACCUUAGGACAUGGGCAUAUACUGGUGGGAACAAAAAACGGGGAGAUUCUUGAGAUUGAUAAAAGCGGCCCCAUGACUCUGCUUGUGCAGGGGCAUAUGGAAGGGGAGGUCUGGGGUCUUGCAGCGCACCCCCUCUUACCUAUCUGUGCAACAGUGAGUGAUGAUAAAACUCUGAGGAUCUGGGAACUUUCCUCUCAACACCGUAUGCUGGCUGUGAGAAAGCUUAAGAAAGGAGGACGGUGCUGUGCCUUCUCCCCCGAUGGGAAAGCCUUGGCUGUCGGGCUGAAUGACGGGAGUUUUCUGGUAGUGAAUGCUGAUACUGUAGAAGAUAUGCUUUCCUUCCAUCACAGAAAGGAAAUGAUCUCUGACAUCAAAUUUUCCCGAGAUGCAGGGAAAUACCUGGCAGUGGCUUCCCAUGAUAAUUUUGUAGAUAUUUACAAUGUGCUUACCAGCAAAAGAGUUGGCAUCUGCAAAGGGGCAUCCAGCUAUGUCACACACAUUGACUGGGACUCAAGAGGGAAGCUAUUGCAAGUCAAUUCUGGUGCCAAAGAACAACUCUUUUUUGAAGCUCCGAGAGGAAAGAGGCAUGUUAUAAGAUCCGCCGAGAUAGAGAAGAUCGAGUGGGACACAUGGACGUGUGUCCUUGGUCCUACCUGCGAAGGGAUUUGGCCAAUGCACAGCGACGUCACUGUUAUCAACGCGGCUUCUCUUACCAAAGAUCGCACGCUGUUAGCUACAGGGGAUGAUUUUGGGUUCGUAAAGCUCUUCAGAUACCCGGUCAAGGGUCACCACGCUAAGUUCAAGAAGUACGUGGGGCACAGCGCCCAUGUGACUAAUGCCCGCUGGUUACACAAUGACUCUGUGCUUCUGACGGUGGGGGGAGCCGACACGGCUCUGAUGAUCUGGACUCGAGAAUUCGUGGGCACCCAAGAAAGCAAAUUAGUGGACAGCGAGGAGUCAGACACGGAUGUCGAAGAGGAUGGAGGUUAUGACAGUGACGUUGCAAAAGAAAAAGCAAUUGACUACACCACGAAGAUCUACGCCGUGAGCAUCCGAGAGAUGGAGGGCACAAAACCACACCAGCAGCUGAAGGAAGUUUCCGUGGAGGAAAGGCAGGGAAUUGUCAAGGGAUCAAGGCCUCCAGUUAGCAGAGCUGCUCCUCAACCUGAGAAACUGCAAAAGAAUAACAUCAAUAAGAAAAGGAAACUGGUUGAGGAGUUGGCUUUAGACCAUGUUUUUGGGUAUCGCGGAUUCGAUUGUCGCAACAACCUUCAUUACCUCAACGAUGGUGCUGAUAUUAUUUUCCAUACUGCUGCAGCAUGCAUAGUUCAAAACCUUUCCACAGGAAGCCAGACUUUCUACCUGGAGCAUACAGAUGACAUCCUCUGCCUAACAGUCAACCAGCACCCAAAGUACAAAAACGUGGUGGCAACCAGCCAGAUUGGUGAUAUGACAGAAUUUCCAGGUACAACACCUUCUAUCCACAUAUGGGAUGCUAUGACUAAGCAGACUCUGUCCAUGCUGCGUUGCUUCCAUUCCAAAGGAGUGAAUUACGUCAACUUCAGCGCUACUGGCAAGCUCCUAGUGUCUGUGGGAGUUGAUCCUGAACAUACAAUCACAGUGUGGAGAUGGCAGGAAGGUGCUAAAAUUGCAAGCAGAGGAGGCCACCUAGAAAGGAUCUUUGUUGUAGAGUUCCGUCCAGAUUCAGACACCCAGUUUGUCUCUGUUGGAGUCAAACACAUGAAAUUCUGGACUCUGGCUGGAAGCGCUUUGCUCUAUAAAAAGGGAGUCAUUGGUUCGUUGGAAGAUGCCAAAAUGCAAACCAUGCUUUCUGUGGCCUUUGGAGCGAAUAACCUUACUUUCACUGGUGCCAUAAAUGGAGAUGUUUAUGUCUGGAAGGAUCACUUUCUAAUCAGACUGGUGGCAAAAGCUCACACUGGGCCCGUCUUUACAAUGUACACAACUCUUCGCGACGGACUCAUUGUUACUGGAGGGAAAGAAAGACCGACGAAAGAAGGAGGUGCUGUGAAACUGUGGGAUCAGGAGAUGAAACGCUGCCGGGCAUUUCAGCUUGAGACAGGGCAAAUCGUGGAGUGUGUCCGUUCAGUGUGCCGAGGCAAAGGCAAAAUUUUAGUGGGAACCAAAGAUGGAGAAAUAAUUGAAAUUGGAGAAAAAAAUGGUGCUUCUAACCUGCUGAUUGACAGCCACAUGGAAGGAGAGAUUUGGGGCUUGGCUACUCAUCCCUCCAAAGACAUCUUCAUCUCUGCUAGUAAUGAUGGCACCGCAAGGAUCUGGGACCUUUGUGACAAAAAACUUCUGAACAAAGUGAACCUGGGUCAUGCUGCCAGGUGUGCCGCCUACAGCCCCGACGGCGAAAUGGUCGCCAUCGGCAUGAAGAACGGAGAGUUCAUCAUUUUGCUCGUGAACAGCCUUAAAGUGUGGGGCAAGAAAAGAGACCGCAAGUCUGCCAUCCAGGACAUCAGAAUCAGCCCUGAUAACCGGUUCCUGGCAGUGGGCUCACAGGAACACACCGUUGACUUCUAUGAUCUCACCCAAGGCACCACCUUGAACCGCAUCGGCUACUGUAAAGAUAUCCCAAGCUUUGUCAUUCAGAUGGAUUUUUCCGCAGACAGCAGAUACAUUCAGGUAUCAACUGGUGCCUAUAAACGCCAAGUCCACGAGGUGCCAUUAGGGAAGCAGGUGACGGACACAGCAUUCAUCGGGAAGAUCACCUGGGCCACCUGGACAAGUAUCCUUGGAGAUGAAGUCAUUGGUAUUUGGCCUCGAAAUGCGGAUAAGGCAGAUGUCAACUGUGCUUGCGUAACUCACGCUGGCCUGAACAUUGUCUCCGGGGACGACUUUGGACUAGUCAAACUCUUUGACUUCCCCUGCACUGAAAAAUUUGCCAAACACAAGCGUUACUUCGGCCAUUCGGCUCACGUCACCAACAUACGCUUCUCUCACGAUGACAAGUACGUUAUCAGCACAGGAGGGGAUGAUUGCAGCGUAUUUGUAUGGCGAUGCCUUUGAUGGUCAGUUUCCUCCAGUGCCGCUCUUGCUACCACCGCCAUGUGAGUGCCAAACAGGGAUGCCUCCCAAGACCUCAGUAAGCGGCUUUGUUACAAAACGCUGCGUGGAUUCUAAAUGUGUGAAACUUGACCUACGUUAGAUGCCACAACCAUCCCUCAAUCAUUCAACCAUUGC